AUGUCUGACCGGAUCUUCUAUAUACACUCCAACUUGUCCUUUGUUCCCUGGGAGGGCAGUACAGCAGCAGCUGCGGCUCCCACUUCUCCCCCCACGCCGGGUCACUACCAUGUCCUCUACCGAGGCUGUGGGGAGACUCAGGUGGGCUGGCAUGGGGAGACUUACUGCCUGGUGGGGGGUUACCGGGCCUACGGGGAUGCUCCUGUGGCCUCCUUGGAGAAGGCAGAGGCAGAAAAGCCAGUUUCCAGCCGAACUUCCAAGAGACACCGUGUCCUGGAAGAGCCCGACAAAGAUCUCGGGGGCAGCAGCCCUAAAGUCCUGCGGCACUGGCACCGUGGGGGCAGGAGGCUGCCCAGCCAGAAGCACUCCGGCCAGGCAGCUUCCUAGAGAUGACAUUUCAGCAGGGUUAAGUCAGUAGUUCUCUCUGUGGUGACUUCCCACUGUUGACCAGUGGAGCUAAAAUGUGUCUGGACCACUGCUAACCCGAAAGCCCCUUCUCACCGGGCCCAAUCACAGAGAAGCUGUGAGGGGCUAUGGUUUGAAAUAAGGGGCUCCUUUGCAUAUACCAGGGUGGAGGAGCCAGCCUGGGGACAACCUGGCUCUUCUCCACUUGGGUUUGUUCUGCUUUUAAGGCUCCAUCUUCUCAGUGGAGGAAAGACACCAGCAUCAUCACUGGACUAGAAAGACCAGCUCUGAGAAGGAGCAGCAUGGGGGAACCAAGCGGAGACCCCAAGAGCCGCUGCCUUUCCCCCAGAGGGUCUGCCACUUAAUCUCUUAUUGAUGUCCAAGGAGGCUGCCCAUGUUCUUGGUUCGGACUUGACAGAUGUUGGAGGCAGGAAGGAGAGAGCCCUCAAGAUUAUGCAGCUGCCUUUGAAAAAUUUAGCUCAGAAGAGCAGAAGCAGAAAAUUGGGGCAGUCUCUCCUCCAAGAACUGCUAGGGUGGUCUGUCCUGACAGCCUGAAAGGGGCAGGGAAAGAAAAGGCAAAGCCAUUCCCAGGGCUUGUCCUCCGCCUUCCUGCCAAGGACUCUUCCUCAGGUCACUCCUGGGGAAGGAGCUUCCUCCCCAGCCAGUGGGACCCCAGAGCCCAGGAGGGAGAUGCCUGAGCACAGGGAGUGUCGGGGCUAUCUCCGCUGGGCUCCCCCUGCCUUCAGCCCUCC